AAGUAAAAUAUAACAUAAGAAUUCGGUUCCGAAUAAAAAUUGGCUGUUAUAGAGAGAUGUUAUUAUAUGCGAAUGCCGUUAUGGAGAGGUCUGACUAUAUAAAUAAAAAAAUAAAAAUGAAAAGAUUCAAAAUAACAAGGACAAAAUAUUAUUGAACGUUGGGGAAAGUGUUUAAAUUUUAAAAUCAAAUUGAAGGGGAAAAUUUACUUUCACCAAAUUUUAUCAUCAUCAAUCAUCAUAGACAAAAAAAAACAAAUUAUUUUCAAGAGAUUAAAUUACUGUACUUACUUUUGAACUUCACUUCACAAAUUAGUUAAUGUCGAACUGAAAAAAAAAAAAAAAAAAAAAAAGCUCAAACAAAUCUUGUACGUGACUGCUGAUGAGACUAAGGUGUUAUGGAUUCCAUCAAAAUUUUGUCCCUCUUGAAAUCAUCCCUUAGUAUUUCAACAUCACUGAAACAAGCCAAACUGUUGCACCAAAAGAUUGUCACUCUAGGCUUACAAAGCAACAUUAUUUUAUCCAAGAAUCUAAUUAACCUAUACAUCUCUUGCCAUGAUUUCCAUUCCACUAAGCUAGUCUUUCAAAAUCUUGAGAACCCUCUUGAUAUCACUUUAUGGAAUGGUCUAAUGGCUGCUUAUACUAAGAACCAUAUGUUCAAUGAAGCUCUUCAACUCUUUGACAAGUUGUUACAAUUCCCAUAUCUUAAACCUGAUAGUUACACUUUCCCUAGUGUUCUUAAGGCUUGUAGUGGUUUAGGAAAUGUCCAAUGUGGUCAAAUGAUACAUGCUCAUUUGAUUAAAACUGGGAUUUUAUCAGAUGUUGUUGUGACAAGUUCAGUGAUUGGGAUGUAUGCGAAAUGCGACUUUUUCGGGUCAGCUAUACAUCUAUUUGAUGAAAUGCCUGAGAGAGAUGUUGUGUGUUGGAAUACUGUGAUUUCGUGCUACUAUCAAAGUGGGCAAUUUGAAAAAGCUCUUGAAUUUUUUGAGAAGAUGAAGGAUUUGAGAUAUAUGCCUAAUUCGGUUACCUAUACAGCAGCAAUCUCGUCGUGUUCGAGGCUUUUGGAUGUGGAAAGUGGGGAGAGAAUUCAUCAGGAAUUAGUGAAUAAUAAGUUUCUGUUGGAUGGUUUUGUAAGUUCUGCUCUUGUGGACAUGUAUGGGAAAUGUGGCUUCUUAGAGAAGGCUAAACGGAUUUUUGAGCAAAUCCCUGGUAAGAGUUUGGUUUCUUGGAAUUCCAUGAUAUCUGGGUAUAGUUUGAGAGGUGAUAGCAAAUCAUGCAUUGAGCUUUUACGAAGGAUGAACGAAGAAAACAUGAAACCCUCUUCCGUGACUUUAAGCACCUUAUUAAUGGCGUGCUCUAAAUCUGCUCAAUUGCAGCAUGGGAAGUUUCUUCAUGCAUAUAUAAUUCGAAAUAAUAUAGGAUCUGAUGUCUUUCUUAACGCUUCACUUGUUGACUUAUAUUUCAAAUGUGGCAGAGUGGAGAAUGCCCAAAAUGUCUUUAGUAAGAUCACAAAGAAGAAUGUGGAAGCCUGGAAUGUAAUGAUCUCUGGAUAUGUGUCAGCUGGUUACUACUUGGAGGCUCUUGACGUUUAUAAUGACAUGAAGUUGGCAGGGAUAAAGCCUGAUGCAAUCACUUUGACUAGUGCCUUGGUAUCUUGUUCACAGUUGGCAGCCUUAGAACAGGGCAAGGAGAUCCACAAGUGUAUUGUUGAUAAUAGGUUGGAAUCCAAUGAAAUUGUUACGGGGUCGCUGCUUGAUAUGUAUGCUAAAUGUGGUGCGGUAAGUGAAGCUUUUGAAGUCUUUGAUGAGUUGCCUGAGAGAGAUCUGGUAUCAUGGACUACAAUGAUCUCCGCAUAUGGAUCUCAAGGCCAAGCUUUUGAAGCGUUAAAACUCUUUAAUGAAAUGCUGUAUUCUAAUGUAAAACCGGACAGAGUUGCAUUCCUUGCAGUAAUUUCUGCAUGUGCUCAUGCUGGAUUAGUGGAUGAAGGUUACCGUUAUUUUAAUUUAAUGGUCAGCGACUGUGGCAUCCAACCAUCAGCUGAAGAGUACUCAUGUCUAAUUGACCUUCUUGGACGUGCGGGAAGAUUGCGUGAAGCCUAUGCAAUUCUGCAGAGCAACGCGCACAUCAGGGAGGAUGUUGAGUUAUUAACUGCAUUAGCUUCUGCAUGCCAUUUGCAUGGGGAACUAGAUAUUGGUGAAGAAAUCGCAAAGAUGCUUACUCAAAAAGACGAAGAUGAUCCGUCUACUUACAUUGUUUUGGCAAAAAUAUAUGCUUCGCAGAACAAAUGGAAUGAGGUACGCAAGUUGAGACUGAAGAUGAAGAAGCUGGGAUUGAGGAAGAAACCUGGAUGUAGUUGGAUUGAAGUAGACAAGCGGACUCAAACUUUCUUGGCAGAUGAUAAAUCAUUCCCGCUAGUAGACAAUGUUUAUCAAUGUCUAUCGUUAAUAAAUAGUGACAUGGAAAACUAUGAAUGCUUUAGCAUUAAUAGCAACGGAGAUGAAUUCUACUCACAGCCAACUACUUGACCAAAUCAAUCUCCCUGCUCAUAGAAAUGACUUUGUUUUUCCAAACAAAUGACACACUGAUCGGAAAGACAUUGUUUGGUCUCUUAUGGAUGUUCGCCUCAUAGUGGAUAAGAGCAAGAUCCUUCAAAUCCUAUAUGUCACGACCCAGCCCCGUGGGCCGCGACUGGUGCCCUACUUGGGCACCCAAACGGACAUACAAACUAAAUCAUCAUUUUUAAACAGAGUUGAGAACGAAUAUUAUCAAACGCAUUCAAGUAUAUAGCAGAAGCCGACAAGGCUAUAUUUCAAUAUUUAGAUAAUUUCCAGAAAAAUUUCGGCAGAGUUUCCUUUGUUUUACAGACUAUCCAAAUUAACCCUGCGCACAGAUAAUACCAACAAUGACCACCCAGGGCCAACAAAGCAACAUUUAAACAUAUGCGGACCGGCCGCCGCGGCGAAUGAGAUCGCCCAAACACAACAUAUACACGCAUCCGUACAGAAA